CAUACAGGCAGUUGUACUCCGAGUGAACCUCAGUGAGGCCAUCUGUGGUUUUCAGUACAUGGGUCGAGAGAGGCCAUCCUGAAACCCUGUGUUCAUUAGCACUUCUGUUUUCAAAUACCAUCAGUGAUCACUGUUGGACCUCUGAUGCCAGAUUCAACGGACUGAAAAAGAGAGGGAUCAAAGAGAGGAGUGGAAAAUUAAGUGGGGGGGAAGGAGGGGCUGUGGAGAACAGUGAAGUAGAAAGGAAUGGAGAGCGUUUCAUCGGAUCAGUCAGCCAGCGUGGAUGAGCUGGUGGAAGCCUGCAUCAAAGCCUUUGACAAUGAAGGCGUUCUGAAGGAGACGUUUCGUGUGCGAAUGUUUCUCACCAUGCAUCCCUGGUUCCUGUCAUCCAGUGACCUAGCCAAGAAACUCAUGCACAAGUCUCAGGAACAGGACUGUUCUGCAAAUCGCCAGUCUCAGAUUUGUCAUCUUGUCAAGUACUGGAUAUCUGAGUUCCCAGCUGAGUUUGACCUGAACCCCGCACUGGCUGAGCAGAUCCGAGGUCUGAAAGAGCGACUGGAGCAGAAUGGAGAUGUGAGGCGUAGUCUGCUCAUCGACAUAGACAGCAUCCCAUCAUACGAAUGGCGACGUCAACUAGAUGAGACUGUCCAGAAGAAACGCAAGACCUCACUUCUUUUUGACCACCUUGAUGCUUCCACCCUGGCUGAACACCUUACGUAUAUGGAGUACAAAUCGUUUUGCAAAAUUCUAUUCCAGGACUACCACAGUUUCGUGAUGCACGGCUGCACGGUGGAUAAUCCUAUUCUGGAGCGUUUUAUUACUCUAUUUAACAGUGUUUCCCAGUGGAUCCAGAUCAUGGUUCUCAGUAAGCCUACAGCUCAGCAGAGAGCCACUGUCAUCAGUGAAUUCAUCAAAGUGGCCCAGAAGUUACUGCAGCUGCAGAACUUUAACACACUGAUGGCUGUAGUGGGUGGACUCAGCAACAGCUCCAUUGCUAGACUCAAAGAUACCCAGGCGCUCAUCGGCAGCGAGACGAGCAAGGUGUUUGAUGGAUUGGUGGAGCUGGUCACUUCCUCUGGAAACUACAGUCGCUACCGUCAGCGAUUCUCUGAAUGUUCGGGAUUCCGCUUCCCCAUCCUCGGGGUGCAUUUGAAGGACCUGAUUGCUGUCCAUGUUGCCCUGCCUGAUUGGUUUGACCCAGAGAAGACUAGGGUCAACCUAACCAAGACCCAUCAAUUGUAUGCCAUCCUGGAAGAGCUGGCGCUCAUUCAGAGCACUCCACCCAAUAUAGAAGCCAAUUCAGACCUGCUGAAUCUGCUUAUAGUGUCUUUGGACCAGUACCACUCAGAGGACGAGAUAUAUCAGCUAUCUUUACAGAGAGAGCCUCGCAGUAUCAAACUAUCAACUUCCAGCUCAAAGUCACAGUCUCCCCUAAUAGAAGAGUGGGCAUCUUCAGUCAAACCCAAAGCAGAUCCAGCGAUUAUCAACAAGCACAUUGAAAAAAUGGUGGAGUCAGUGUUCCAAAAUUUUGACACGGAUGGCGAUGGCAACAUUUCCCAAGAAGAGUUUGAGAUCAUCAGGAGCAAUUUCCCUUACCUCGGCAAGUUUGAUGAACUGGACCAAAACCAGGACUUUAAAAUUAGCAGAGAGGAGAUGAUUGAGUACUUCACAAAGGCGAGCUCCUUACAGAACUGUAAGAUGGGUUUUGUUCACACUUUUACAGAGACGAGCAGCGUCAAGCCUUCAUUUUGUCGGCACUGCUCUCGCUUGAUAUGGGGAUUUUUCAAACAGCGAUGCAAAUGCAAAGUGUGUGGGGUGAGCUGUCAUAAAGACUGUUGUAGUCGUUUGGCCAUUGAGUGUCGCAAGCGGGUACAGAGCGUCAGUUGUCACAAUGACGUUUCCUUUAAGGCCACGCGCUCAUUCAGCUUUCCGCCUCCCACCAGCACAGAGCAGAUAGCAGAGUCCCCAGUCAUCACAGACGGCUCUCAGGAGGAACAGGAUGAGGUUUUUGAUGUCCACCUUUGAUGAGGAACAUCCUGGAGCAAAUCCAUAAGCAACCGCAGCAGCAGAGAGCGAGCAGCACUAUUCUCCAAAGCAGCGUGUGUUUGUUCAUGCGUUUGUUGUCCAAUGUGAUCCAUUCUCUUGAAUUCUCAUUCUGUGAUUUCUCAUGGGUUGUUACUCAGAAAAUAGUACAUGGUUUUCAAAUAAAUCAGAAAAAAGAACUACUGUUAAGUUGCAACAUUUUUGAAGAGGUCAUAUAUUUAAUUUUUUCCCCCUGCAGUUUCCUGAGCUUAUCAUGGAGGUAAAGGUUUUUUAGUAACACAAGACAUGCUGUGGCGUGAUU